CUCUGGAAGCAGCCAAGACAUCCCUGGCUGCCGCAGGGGUGGUAGGAGGAUUAGGUGACAGUCCCCUAACUGAGCCCGGAACUAACACCCUCCUCCCCCUCACUCGAGCACCCUGGCUUGUCCCCCGCCAAGCCUGCCAAAGCUCAGAAUAACCCUGGGGGACCAGACAGCAGGAUGGCAGGGGCUCUGCUCAGCGCCCUGCUCCUCUUGCAGCUCCUCGCCCCAGGCAGAGGUUCCGGGAAGAAUGAGGAGCUGCGUCUCUACCACCAUCUCUUCGACAACUAUGACCCAGGACGCCGGCCUGUGCGGGAGCCCAAGGACACUGUCACCGUCUCCCUCAAAGUCACCCUGACCAACCUCAUCUCACUGAACGAGAAGGAGGAGACCCUGACCACCAGCGUCUGGAUUGGAAUCGACUGGUCUGAUUACCGGCUCAACUACAGCAAGGCCGACUUUGGGGGCAUAGGAACGCUGCGGGUCCCUUCAGAACACGUGUGGCUGCCAGAGAUUGUGCUGGAAAACAACAUCGACGGCCAGUUCGGCGUGGCCUAUGAAGCCAACGUGCUGGUCUCCGAGGGCGGCUACGUGAGCUGGUUGCCCCCGGCCAUCUACCGCAGCACCUGCGCCGUGGAGGUCACCUACUUCCCCUUCGACUGGCAGAACUGCUCGCUGGUGUUCCGCUCCCAGACGUACAGUGCCGAAGAGGUGGAGUUCGUCUUUGCUGUGGACGACCUGGGCGAGACCAUCAGCAAGCUUGAAAUCGACACCGAGGCCUAUACUGAGAACGGCGAGUGGGCCAUCGACUUCUGCCCUGGGGUGAUCCGCCGCCACGAUGGUGGCUCCCCUGAUGACCCGGGGGACAGCGACGUCACCUACACGCUCAUCAUUCGCCGGAAGCCCCUCUUCUACGUCAUUAACAUCAUCGUGCCCUGCGUGCUCAUCUCGGGCCUGGUGCUGCUCGCCUACUUCCUGCCGGCGCAGGCCGGUGGCCAGAAAUGCACCGUCUCCAUCAACGUCCUGCUCGCCCAGACCGUCUUCUUGUUCCUAAUUGCCCAGAAAAUCCCGGAGACGUCUCUGAGCGUGCCGCUGCUGGGCAGGUACCUCAUUUUCGUCAUGGUGGUUGCCACGCUCAUUGUCAUGAAUUGUGUCAUCGUGCUCAACGUGUCUUUACGGACGCCCACCACUCACACUGUGUCCCCGCGGCUGCGCCACGUCUUGCUGGAGCUGCUGCCCCCUCUCCUGGGCUUUGGGGAGCCUCCGUCUCCGGAAGCUCCCAGGGCUGCCUCGCCCCCAAGGCGGGCGUCAUCCCUGGGCCUCCUACUCCGCGCCGAGGAGCUGAUACUGAAAAAGCCGCGGAGCGAGCUCGUGUUUGAGGGGCAGAGGCACCGGCACGGGACCUGGACCGCUGCCCUCUGCCAGAGCCUGGGCGCUGCCGCCCCUGAGAUCCGCUGCUGUGUGGAUGCCGUGAACUUCGUGGCUGAGAGCACGCGAGACCAGGAGGCCACGGGCGAGGAGGUGUCCGACUGGGUGCGCAUGGGGAAGGCCCUGGACAACAUCUGCUUCUGGGCAGCUCUGGUGCUCUUCCUCGUCGGUUCCAGCCUCAUCUUCCUCGGGGCCUACUUCAACCAAGUGCCCAAACUGCCCUACCCGCCGUGUAUGUAGCCCUGAGGCCCCGCGGUAGGCACUGACAGACGUUCCCACUCAUCUCCAGGAGGAAAGGUUUUGAAAAACGAGCUGCUCCCACUGCUGAUGCUAAAUCUGUACUCUGUGAGCUUCGGGAGAGGAGUCUUGUGUGCACGUGUAUGUAGGUCUGGCCACCGGCAGGGAUCAGAAGGAGCCGGCAGAGGGUUCAGGCAACCUCUUGCAUGUGAAUCUUGCAAAAAGUAAGAACUGCCCUCGCUUCCGUCUUGCGGACCUCCCAGUUUUGCUUGGGCCCCAGCCCCAUGUGAUUCUCUAGCCCUGUGAGUAUCUAAGAGAGCUUUAUUUGUUGCCAAACAGAAGAGACCCUUUGUAGGAUUUGCAUCCGGGAAGCUUGGAGCCCGGAAGGCGAGGGAAGCUGGAGUGGGCGGGGACCAAAGGGCCUCAGUGCAGAGACCCUCCCCCCCCCCUCCAGGUUUAAGGCUGAGGAUGCCCCGCCCUCCCUCGGUCAACUCCUCCUUUUCUUGGCCGGCCCCGCCCAUCCAGCCCGCUCACCGCAGAUCCCCCCAGCUGCCCCCUUGAUCCCCACUCUGCCGGCUGGCCUGGGCCCCGGGAGGUGGGGGCGGUGAGAGAAAAUAAAACGGGGCCUGAAGUGGUGGGA